UUUAAAGUCACAUGAUUUACAUUGUUUACAUGUCGUACGUGCGUUUUAAACAAAGGACGAAAGAAUAGUCCUGUAAUAUUUCCACGAACACUGAUCACAUUCAGCAUGGCUGUCGAAAUCGAGCAAAGAGAUGUUGUUCGUCUGAUUGAGCAGUAUCUCAAGGAAAACAAUUUACUACGGACACUUACAGUCCUACAAGAAGAGAGCGGGACAUCAUUGAAUACUGUUGAUUCUGUAGAUGGAUUCGUCUCUGACAUCAACAGUGGUCACUGGGACAGUGUGCUCCAAGCCAUACAGACACUGAAACUCCCUGAUCAGAAACUUAUAGAUUUAUAUGAACAGAUUGUAUUAGAGUUGGUAGAAUUACGUGAGCUUGGAGCAGCAAAGACAUUACUUCGUCAGACAGAUCCAAUGAUCAUGAUGAAACACAACCAACCAGACAGAUAUAUACAUUUAGAAAACAUGUUGGCUAGGUCAUAUUUUGAUCCAAGGGAGGCAUACCCAGAAGGUCAGACAAAGGAAAGAAGGAGAAAUGCCAUAGCUCAGGCCUUAUCAGGAGAAGUUAAUGUAGUUCCACCAUCUCGUUUGUUAGCUUUACUGGGACAGUCAUUAAAAUGGCAGCAACAUCAAGGAUUGUUGCCUCCAGGAACCACGAUAGAUGUCUUCAGAGGAAAGGCAGCAGUCAAAGAACAAGAAGAAGAAAAAUAUCCUACACAGCUUAGUAAAACUAUUAAGUUUGGACAAAAAGCUCACAUUGAAUGUGCCAGAUUUUCUCCUGAUGGUCAAUAUCUGGUCACUGGGUCAGUGGAUGGAUUUAUAGAAGUAUGGAAUUUUACUACAGGAAAAAUCAGAAAAGAUUUAAGAUACCAAGCACAAGACAAUUUUAUGAUGAUGGACGAUGCUGUUUUAUGUAUGUGUUUCAGUAGAGAUGCUGAGAUGUUAGCAACAGGGGCACAGGAUGGCAAACUGAAGGUGUGGAAAAUUUUAACAGGACAAUGUUUACGAAAAAUAGAACGAUGUCACACAAAGGGUAUAACCUGUGUAAACUUUUCUAAAGACAACAGUCAAAUACUUAGUUGUUCAUUUGACCAGGCAAUAAGAAUCCAUGGUUUGAAGUCUGGUAAACUACUGAAAGAGUUCAGAGGUCACACAUCCUUUGUAAAUGAUGCAGUGUUUACACAAGACAAUCAUCACAUACUAAGUGCCAGUUCAGAUGGAACAAUAAAAGUAUGGAAUCUCAAAACAACGGAAUGUUCUAACACGUUUAAAUCUCUUGGCGGUACAGCAGGAAGUGACACUACGGUACAUAGUGUACACCCGUUGCCUAGGAAUGCUGAACAGUUUGUCGUCUGCAACAGAUCUAAUACAGUUGUCAUCAUGAACAUGCAAGGCCAGAUUGUCAGGAGUUUUUCCAGUGGUAAGCGAGAAGGAGGAGAUUUCGUUUGUUGUACAUUAUCACCGAGAGGAGAAUGGAUCUAUUGUGUGGGAGAAGAUAUGGUGUUAUAUUGUUUCUGUAUUAGUACUGGCAAACUAGAAAGAACUUUAACUGUACAUGAAAAAGAUGUAAUAGGAAUAACACAUCAUCCACAUCAAAAUUUACUGGGGACUUACUCAGAAGAUGGACUAUUAAAAAUAUGGAAACCUUGAUCAAACUGUUUGAUAAUUAAUGUGACAUUUGUUUGAAAGACUAAGUGAAGAAAACAUGUUUGAGAUGGUCCCUGAAGUGUUUUAAACACUAUGAAAUAUUUAUAAUGUUCUUAAAAUUGAUAUUUAACGGAUGUUUACAAGUCUUUAGUCUUAAUAUUCAGAAGAAUUUUCUCAGCAAUUUUUUUUUAAGUUGGUGGUGUGGAAUAAUUUUCUGUUAAAGUGAUCAGUGAAACUUUGAAUUGACAGUAUUAGUCAGAGGAAUUACCAAAUGAGACUUGGCUCAAGGAAAUCCUAUACACAUAUUUUUACACAUUCUGGAGGAAAUAACAUAUUGGAUGUCUGAGCUUAUAAAGCUAAAACAUACCUUAAAAAUAUGAUUCUACACUGUUAAUUCAAAAUGUUUUGCAAUGAUUUUAAUAUUGGGUAAAAAUCACUGAAAAAGAAAAAAACCCAACAAAGUUGAUGUUUUUUAAAAAGAUUGCAACAUUGAGGUUUAUUUUUAUGCU